GUGUUAGUGUUGAGGUUUGAUUAGGUGCUGCCCUGCAACUUUUCUGUAUAUUACUCCUUGUCAUUUCCUUUCCAUGGGGAAAUGUCCUGCCCACCUGUUGCUGUGGUUCUGCAGCACUGCCGCAUAUAAGCUGUGGAGUUUCUGCCUCGAAACACCGGAAAGCUACCACCUCCAUCCAACAUGCAGCUGCUGCUUUCUCUCUGUCUGACCUGGGCUCUGCUCCCUACAGCUGAGCUGCUGCGCUGUCAUGAGUGUGCCAAUGAAGGAUGUGCCAACAUAACCUCAACUGAGUGUCCUGCCACGAGUCCAAUCUGCAGAACUAUCACUUCAUUGACGACCAGUGGUUCAAACCUCGUACUGACAGUGAAUAAAAACUGUUCAACACUGCUGAACUGCAUCACUCCUCUCACCAUUGAGACCGAAUGGUCUGUGAACCGAGGUUUCUCACGGAGCUCUCACACUCAGAUCUGCUGUGCUACUGACAACUGCAACUUCCAGACACUGGCUGUUCCCAAUAUUUUGACCAAUGGGAAGGUGUGUCCUUCCUGUGCAAGCUCAGCAGACAGCAUGGCAGGAACCUGCAACAGCACUCUGUCCUGUAUGGGAGCUGAGGACAGCUGCUUCAACGGCACCAGUACAUCAAACUCCAGCCAGGUGAUAGAGCGCGGCUGUCUAAGCAGAAAUCUCUGCACCAACGUGCUCAUACGACAGGCUCUGUUUGGUGCAAACUCUCAGGUUGUCUGUCGAGCACCGUGGAGCAUCAGGCUCAGCGCCGUGUUGCUGACCUUUGCGCUCACAGCAUGUAAAGUUCUUGUUUAGAUAAGACACACACAGUUGCAAAAGUAUUACCCAUUGUUUUCUUCAGAAAAUAUUUCAGUGUGAUGGUACACAGACUAAAAUACUAGAUGAACACGAAGUGUUUGUGUGAGACUGAUAAAUUUCAUAGCAGUGUAACAAUUAUUUGUGAAAUGGUGACAGGGAUCAUUGAAAGUACCACCCACAUACACAGAGAUAAAAUCUCGCACAUGCACAGCAGCCACACCCAGAACCACAGACAGAUGUAAUCGUACAGAGAUAAAGUCACAGGUAUGCAGGCACACAGUAAUGCUUACAGAAUGGAACAGUGAUAACACGUGUUGUAGGCAACAAACACAAACACAAUGAUAUGAGUACUCACACUGACAGGAACAUUUGUACAACACAACGCCUCUGCUGUCAGUCAAAUCAACAUGACAUUAAAACACACACACACACAGAGUUCAUUUUCAAUGUGCAGCUGAGCAGGGUAGUUUUUAUUGUUUUAGACAAUAGUUGUGAGACAACUGAUGUGUAAAUGACCCUAGAGAGCACUAAUAUGACCACUUCAAUACCCAUAAUACUCAAUACACUGUGUAUUAUUGUUUUAAUAAAA